AAAACACUGGAGGCCCCUGGAGGAGAAGCAAAGGAAAAACGAGUGAAUUGAGCACAAUCAUAGGUCUGGGCUGUCUUGAAAGGACUUACAUCAACUAAUUCAUGCUAUUUACCAAAUCUGACGGGAAUAUUUAUAGGCGACCGCGCUACACCCAUUCAGGCUGAUCGAGUCCGUCAAGACACAGUCUAUCUAAAUGCUGAAGAAUAAAGCCAGCUAAGAGUUUGCGAUGAGCCACGGAAUGGACGGAUACUACGACCAGCAAGUGCCUUACAUGGUGACUCCUAAACCGCAUGGAGGAAAAUGUAGCGAAAGGACAACUAAUGAAAGGAAAAGGAAACUCAUUGACACUGAUUUAGCUCAAGAUUCAGAAGAACUCUUCCAGGAUUUGAGCCAGCUGCAGGAAACGUGGCUCGCAGAAGCUCAGGUCCCUGACAAUGAUGAACAGUUUGUGCCAGAUUUCCAGUCUGAAAAUUUGGCUUUUCAUGGCCUCUCUCUAAAAAUCAAGAAGGAACCACAGAGUCCCUGUUCUGAGCUGAGCACUGCCUGCAGCCACGAGCAACCUUUCAAGUUCAGCUAUGGGGAAAAGUGCCUGUAUAAUGUCAGUGCCUACGACCAGAAGCCGCCUGCUGGAUUGAAACUCUCUAACCCGCCAACCCCAUCCAGCACACCAGUGUCCCCCUUGCACCAUGGCUCUCCUAAUCCUGCAGCUACUCCCAAACCGGACAGAAGUUUUCCAGCUCAUCUUCCUGCCACCCAGCCCAUUCCAGAGAACACCUACCCAAUGGAUCCUAGAUUCCGGCGUCAGCUCUCCGAGCCAUGCCAUUCAUUCCCACCUCCACAUGGACUGCCCAGGGAAGGUCGUCCCAUGUACCAGAGGCAGUUGUCUGAGCCCAACAUCCCCUUUCCCCCUCAGGGGUUCAAACAGGAAUACCAUGAUCCAGUCUAUGAACAUGCCACUAUGAUUAGUGGUCCAACGAACCAGAGUUUUCCACAGCCCAUGAUGAUUAAGCAGGAGCCGCGGGAUUAUGCAUAUGAUUCAGGUUGCAUGUAUGAAAAAGGUCCUAGACACUUUUAUGAUGACACCUGUGUAGUUCCUGAAAAGUUUGACAGUGACAUCAAGCAGGAGCCAGGCAUAUACCGGGAAGGACCUACUUACCAGCGCAGAGGCUCCCUCCAGCUCUGGCAGUUCCUCGUGGCUCUGCUGGAUGAUCCAGCAAACUCGCACUUUAUUGCCUGGACAGGCCGUGGCAUGGAGUUCAAACUCAUUGAGCCAGAGGAGGUGGCACGGCGUUGGGGAAUCCAGAAGAACCGACCUGCUAUGAACUAUGACAAGUUGAGCCGUUCGCUGCGCUACUACUAUGAAAAAGGCAUCAUGCAAAAAGUUGCUGGAGAAAGAUAUGUGUACAAAUUUGUCUGUGACCCUGAAGCGCUUUUCUCCAUGGCUUUCCCAGACAACCAGAGGCCUGUACUGAAAACUGACAUGGAGCGUCACAUCAAUGAAGAGGAUACUGUCCCUCUAUCCCAUUUUGAUGAGAACAUGGCGUAUAUACAAGAUAGUGGCUGUUGCAAUCCCCAUCCAUACAAUGAAGCCUAUGUGUACUGACACAACCUUUUUGGGGCAGUCACUUCGUUUUUCUUUUUUCUCUGUUGUUUUCCUCUGUAAGCCGUGACCCAGUCUGGAUUUACUUUGUUUCUUCAGCAUCUCUGACGUUAAGGAAAGGGUCCACAGUUUCUGUCGCAUUAACCCCAUGGUCCAUUACCAGGGACAGUGCACUUUAUGAAAAGACUCGUUCGAGCUCUACUUGUUUUUUUUUCAGGGUGGGAAAGGGUGGGCAGUGUUUUUUUUUUUGUUUUUGCCUUUUAUUUGGCGGGAAAGAGGGGGGGAAUGGGAUGAUUGGAAGUUGCAGAUAUUUAAGUGGUUUGAUUGAUGCUGUCUUAAGAAUUUUGCUUUCCUAUCAGAUAAAAACUUACCAAGUCAAACUUUCAAAAACUCUGCUGAUAUCAGUAAUAAAAGAAACUGCAUAUCUAAUAUUGCUGUGUUAACACAGCUGUCACUCUUUAAAAAAAUCUAUAUCUAAGUAGAUAUAUAGUACUUUUUGUCAGGGUACACAUUAAUAUACAGUCAAACAUUUUACUCCUGUGUCAUAUUUGUUAAAAUAUAUGAAUACUAGAAUAUGCUUGUACUGCAGUCUCCUUUUCUGUAAAUUCUUUCAAACGCAGGGUCUAAUAAAGCAAUUUGAAGCAUUGCUGUACAGGUAGCAUUUCAGGACAAAUAGUCAACUUAAACAUUUACUGCCUACGAUGUAGCUUAUGCUGUAGUUAUACCAUGAGCAACUGUGUGCUUUAGAAAUUGGGAAAAGAUUACCCACCUACAACUUGCUGAAGGUUUUUUUUAAGCUUAAAGAUUUCUAGAUCAAGGGAAAUGUUACCUAAUGUGGCCUGUCAGUGGCAACAUUUCAUUUGCACUCAUUUCAGUCUUCAGAUCUGCACAUUCAAGUACCAUAUUGUGAUAUCCAUAUCAAUAGAGAAUAAGACAUUUUUAUAGUUCGCUAAGAAUUUUUAAAGUGGGUUACCAGGAUGCAUGAGCUUUGACAUUACAUUGAGCAGUAUCAGUAUUUAGUCCUUAGAUAUUCAUAUCUGCAGCCCAAAGAGUAGCCUCAGCACUGAUAUUAAACUGGUUAACUGGAUUUGGAUGUGAAUGAAUUAAUCUUUCCUACUCAAAUAUUGUUCAGCCUUAUUUCACUGCUUUUGUUAGUAACCCUGUUAAGCACAAAAUGUCAUCAGAAAUUGAAGCUCGUUCAUCAAAUCACAAUUAAAGCAAAUGGACGUGACUGGAUUUUAUUUGUUUAAUGUACAUUGAGGGUGCCAUGCCAUGCUCUUCUGUGUUCAGAUGGCAGAAGCUGUGUAUGUGAAGGGUGAUCCAUAUUAAGACAAAAUAUGCACUGCAUAUGAUUGUUCCCAGAGUAACAAAAGCAAAGCGCUGAUUAAGUUUCUGUUUACUCACUGAAUUGGUAACGUUUGCCCACUUUCCUCAAGCUUAAAUAUUUUCUUCAGUCAAUAAUGUUUAUUGAAGUAACAUGCGCACUAUAACGUAAUUAACUAUUCUGCACUACUAAAAAGUACUUCAGGUGCUAUAGUGUCAUAGAAUGCCACAACACAUAAAUAGGCCCUUUGGCCCAUCUAGUUUGUGCUGAACUAUUAAUCUGCCUAGUCCCUUUGACCUAUAUCCAGAUUUUAACCCUCAUCCAAAUUUCUCUUAAAUGUUGAAAUCAAACUUGCAUCUGCCAGUUCUGCUGGCAGCUCGUUCUACACUCUCACCAACUUCUGAGUGAGGAAGUUCCCCCUCUUGUUCCCCUUAAACAUUUCACCUUUCAUUCUUAACGCAUGAUCUCUAGUUCUUGUUUCACCCAAACACAGUGGGAAAGCCUGAUUGCAAUUACACCAUCUAUAUAAAUGAGUGGGCAUUAUUUUGGAUUAUAUUGCAUUUCCUUUCUGUAUCAAAAGAAGUCAUAACAAACUUUAACAAAAUUUGUGUACACUUCAUUAAUAUUCUUAACAUUACUGUCAUCUGAAAAUGCACUCUGGGUUAUUUUGUAAGUUUUUUAAAAAAUACUUAAGAACCUGCUUUCAAUCAAGUCAUUCAGUCCAGGAAUCGAAUGCUAUCAAGCCCUCAUAAUAUGUGAAAAUUAAUCUGGGGAAGACAAUCACAAGAUGCAGAGAAAUCCUUAAAAAUUCCCAAUAGUGAUGAAAUAAUUACACAUGGAGAUAAUAAAAAAGGAAAAUAUAGAUUACAUAUAAUAAUUUAAAUGCUUCAAUUGUGUUUUUAUUCUGAUCACCAGCGGACAAUGAUUUUUAUGUUAUUUUGCUAAUGUUUUUAAAUCUCAAUCUCAUACAGUUCUCCAGGCUGCUGAGCACUGGGACUUCAUUAGUUCAGUUCUACUUGGCCCAGUUUGCUGGGUUUUCCUACUUGUAAAACCCAUAUAUCCUUCUAUUUCUGUAUAUCAACAGAACUUAAUGUGUAAUUUGAUAACCUAUUGCAAAAUGUUCAGUAUCUGGGAAGUAAAAAGCGCGGUGAUGGUCAAAACCUUUCAUCUGUUAUCUCAGAUCAGUAUGACUACACUCAUGUAGAAUGCACUCCUUGAUCACAACAUUGCUCGGCUACCGUUAUUUAUUUUACUGAUAUAUUCAAAAGAGUAAUAGAACUAUACUGCAGAGAAAAGUUAUUUGAAAGAAUUAUCCAAUUAAUCCCACCCAUCUGUUCCAUGACCCUGCCCCCUUCCUCCUGUGAAAUAACCAGAUGAAAAUUAUGGUUGGGUAAUUUAGGCAGAACAAAUGUUCAUCCACAUAAUCCUGGUAUUGCUGAAAUAGAUCUAAGUAUGUAAAGAGAAGCACAUUUCCUUCUUGUUAUCCACCACAUCCCUCCAAAGAAACUCCGUACUCAAAAUGAGGUCAAAUUAUAAUCUCAUUGAAGCAUUAAUUAUAAAUUAUUGCAAGAACCAAUAAACGCAAUAGAAGUGAAAUGGCACUAAUUAAAUGUUGUAGUUGAUAGACCACUUUGCAACCACUCUUCUUGUAUAUGAAAUAAAUAUAAACAGGGUGAUCUUAACCUUUUUCUAUAUUUCCACAUUGUAACUUCAGGAUAUUGAUAUAAUGGCAAAUCUGUUGCUUUGCUCUUUCCAAUUCAUUUCUGAAUUGUAUUCCUGGUAAUUCUCAUCAAGUGCAAUCAUACCUGGUUCACAGGGAACAAGUACUGAUAGAGUUCAGAUUUGGACCGUAUAAUCAAGUUGUACCCUUAUUUUUCAUUGAUAUUUACAGGGUUCCUCGUCAUUUUUGUUCCAGGUCAAGGCAGUGUUUGGCACCUCUAGAUCCAUGAUUUAUUGUAUUGUGCAUUUGCAUAACAUGUAGCUCCAAAUGGCAGUCAUAUCUCUAAAUAUAGAAUUAAGUAUUGUGAUUGGAAUUAAGGAGAUUAUUUUGCAUGUACAGAAUGUAGUGACUUCUCUGAUUAUUUGAUACAGUGGACGCGCAGCAUUGGUAUUCCUCACAUUAUCGAGUGAGAAAAUGAAUAAUGACAAGAAUUAUAGAUUAGUGCAUAAAGGAAAGAACAUGGCAGAUAUGAACCAACCAGCUUUAAUCCUAUUCUGCUGAGUUUUUAGUGGUUAAUUCUCAGUAUUGUUGCAUCAGUUUUGUACACCAAUGAGCUCUUUGACCUGGGUAUUGCAUGGACAGCAGAUGAAGAUGAGGACAACUUAGUUGUGAUGACUUCUUAAGAUAGAAAGAAAGGACAUGCAAAAUUAGUAUCAAGUAGUCAUUUGCAACAGAAAUCUUCCAAAAUCAAUGCAAGGCAGGUUUUGGGCCUUAGAAAGGGAGUUGGCAUUUUGAAUCCCCAAUUUACUUCAUUAAAGAACCCGCUAAAAUGAUUCACUUAACAAUCUGUCAGAGAGGAAAAAAAAUAACCUGCAUAUAUGUGGAGAUUUUGUUCACAAUCACAGUUAUAAAUUAAUAUAUUUAAUUUACAAAGCACAAUUGCCAUAUGUAUACAUGUCUAAACUUGUUAAAAGAAUAGCCACCUUUUACAUUACACUUCAGUGCUGUGUGAAUUAUUGUAAACAUUUAUUGUAAAAUACAAUUAGACCCAAAAUUUCCCAAACUUCAUGUAACUUCCUGCAACCAAUAAUGUACAUUCCAAAGCAGUCUGACAAACAAAGUUUAAUAAGACUUGUGUGAACUUACCUAGUCCACUUUUUCUGUUAAGCAUAUUUGUUAUGAAAUUUUAAGACAUUCACACAGAAAAAAAAACUUUUAAGAUCUUAGAGCGUUACCCUUGCAGGUUCUCCCUAUGUUAUACAGAGCAUCUUGAAUCCCUGCUUCUCCAGCUUUGUGACAGGUGAACCCGUAUUGUGUUGAGGAGCCCGGAGACAAAAGCAAACACCGCAUCUGCCUGAAGAUGGCCAUCUGGAAAUCUAAUGUAGCAAAAAAAAAGACAAUGUUGAGGGACAUCUGUAAAUGAUGGACAGUAUUUUUUCUGUUUCUGAAAAAUUUUCUAAAUUUUUGUAAUUUUGUAUUUAUCAUGUAUGUUCGGCUUUAUACGGCCACAAAGUAGCAUUAAAAUUAAUGUAAAUCACAAUGUCAUUUGAUUUUCCUCAGCUAAGGCAUGAGUGAUUUGAAGGUUCAUGGACUUCUUGUAUUGCUUUUUUUGGGGUUUUUUUGAGUGUUGAAGAAAAAAAUGUAAUAGCUUAAUAAACUCUGUUCAAUUCCUAA